UUUGCCAGCAGCUGUUGCUCAUUUCACAAUGGUCCCGCCCAUCCAGAGCCGAGGCUGGCAGUGCAGCAGCUCCACACUAGAUGAGCAGCAGAGCUCCCAGCUCACUCACAGGAAUAUGUCUCCAUUAUGACCAUCUGAUCCACACAGCACAGAAGAUCUGCUACCGUUGUGCUGAGAGAAGCCCAGAGUGGAGCCCAGAUCCUAUUGUGGGAUAAUUAAAUCCCCGCCGUCACCGUCACCAAAUAAACCCCUGACCCGGACAGCAUCCUCUCCUCAGCCUCCGUCCUCCGCCUCCUCAUGUUCCUCCGGGCGGAGAGGAGGGCAGGGCACGCACGCACAGCCCGCCGGCCGCCGCCACACGCUCCUUGACGGGGAUGGCGUUCCAGAGGAGGCUGGUGCUCGGCGCGGUGACCGUCUUCUCGCUGCUGGGCGUCUACGUCCUGUGUUUGAACCUGGAGAGGUCUCUGUCCUGGCCCAUGGUGCCACUGAGACAUUUCCACGGCUUCACGCAGGGACCGAGCAGCGGCUCACGAGACUCCGUGGAGCCUCUUGACCGACAGAGCGACGGGGACGGGUGGCCCCGUCCGGCCCCUGAGUCCACCUUUCACCCAGAGCCUUCCUCUGGAGCAGCUCUGCAUCAACACACCACACAGGCUCCCACUUUAAAGACUCAACCACCCACAGCCGAUGAACACAAACCAGCAGCAGCAGCAGCCGAGAACAAGGCCCCGGAUGUCUCAAAGUCCAGUUCUAGGUCUGAUGGCGUGGAUAAAACCAGGACCAGGACCAGUACCAAAGGCCCCAAGCUGAACCGCCAGCAGCCCACGCAGGCAGCCGGACCAACAGAGCCUCCCUUCAUCGGAGACACUUACAUGAGCGAAGACAUCCCACCACAAACAGACUGCCCAGACAAUAUCCGAAGUCGGGUCACAAAAACAGGAUUUGUCGACGGAUUUCUGAAGCACAUUCCAGUCCUGCAGUGGGCCGAAGACGUCACUCGUGAACAGCACCAGCGCCUGAGCCGGUACCCAGGAGCACACGGCUGGGGAGGGAUCGAUUACAAGACGUUGGUGGAAACUCUGUCCGUCCUCAACUCUUCCGCUAACUGGCGGCUGUUGGACGACUGGAAGGAUCGCAGCAAUGGAUCCAAGUGUAUCCGCUGUGCUGUGAUCGGGAACGGUGGGAUACUGAAAGAUUCAAAGAAAGGGAAGGAGAUCGACGGUCAUCACUACGUCUUCAGGACCAACGGGGCGAUCAUUAAAGGCUUUGAGCAGGACGUGGGGUCUCGGACCACCCACUACACCUUCUCCACCAACACACUGAUGAACUCCAUGAGGAGCUACGCCGGCCUCGGGUACACAGGACCCCCUCUGUCUAAAGAAACGCGAUACGUUUUUCUGCCGGAUCACGACCGUGAUUACCUGCUGAUGAAGGCUGCAGCGACACACACUCGGGUGGAGAGAGGACAUGAGCAGGCCAAAGAUCCAUCCAAGUACUUUGGAGAGGACGUGUCAACAGAAAAGCUGAAGAUGUACCACCCGGAUUUCAUCCGUUACCUCAGAAACAGAUUCCUUCGUUCUAAUGCUCUGAAAACCAAAUAUAAGGACAUUUACCGUCCGUCAACAGGUGCUGUGAUGCUGCUGGCUGCGCUGCACACCUGCGACCAGGUGAGUGCGUACGGCUUCAUGACCCCAGACUACAGGAAGUACUCCGACCACUACUACGACAGCAUCUACCACCAAGUCGGCUUCUUCAUCAACCACGACCUGCGUAUGGAAAUGACGCUGUGGCAGCAGCUGCACCAGGCCGGCCUUGUACAACUCUACAUGCGCGAUUGAAUUCAGGUCGACCAGAAAUCACGUCGUCAUCCUGCACACGAGUCGCCAGCAUGGUGACAGGAAGUCCAAAGAUGGACAACCUUCCUUGCCUGGCUGGUCGUCGUGACUCUGAACCGAGCAAAACUAAAAAAAAGUAGCAGAAGUUUUCUUUUUAUGAAGGAUUCUGAUUCUGUGAUGGUUCAGCAUGGAGAUUUAGUUUUAUUUUUUGUUUUAGUAUUUGUUCUAAUUU